CACCCUCUCCGAAGAAAACCUAGGGUUUGGGUUUGGGUUCGGGUUCCCCUCUGAUAUCGAUCAGCCACCGACCGCCGACCGCCGACCUCCGAGCAUGACCGGAAAAGCGAAACCAAAGAAGCACACGGCGAAGGAGAUCGCCGCUAAGGUCGACGCCGCCACCACCAACCGUGGCGGAGGCAAGGCCGGCCAAGCAGACCGCUCCGGCCUCGACAAGGGCGGCCACGCUAAGCUCGAGUGCCCUCUCUGCAAAAUCACCGCUCCCGACCUCAAAUCGAUGCAAAUCCACCACGAAGCUCGCCAUCCUAAGGUCCCUUUCGACGAGGCCAAGCUCUCCAAUCUCCAUGCCAGCUCCGUCCCCGAAUCGUCUAAGCCUCGCCCUGGGGUUCGUGGCAGCUUCAAGAAUGGAUUUUAUGAGCACAGAUACACUGCCGGGAGCCAGCCUAUAUAGCCUUUGACGGUAUCUUGAAGACUCUAAUCAGGGAAUCAUUGAUGGGUUGUCUGGUUGACAUGUGACUGUGAUCACCCCACAAGGAAUUCUCAUGUAGUUGAAGUUGAUUCUGGUGAUGUGGUGUGUUUGAGAAAUGGAAAUAAUGACCCGAAGGUUUAUCAGUAUGUUGUUGGCCUAUCAGGGAAAAACAAAAUAUCAGAAUGUAGUUGAUGAAAUCAUGGAUUUGGCAAUGCUAGUUAAUAUAUUGUUUUUGUUGUGCAUAAUA